GGAAUCCCUUGACCGCAAGGCUUCAGAUGCGUGCGGAAGGCUAUUGGUCUACAUGGUGGAUAUCGUCUCCUGAAUCCUGAUGGGUGGUGGAGAGUGGUCGUCAGGGGACUCCCUCUCUUACUUGGAAGUUUGUAAUUUCACUUCCGUUCUUCGUCUCCAUCAAGACGACUUGAAAUCUUUGUGUCAGCUUGAACCAUCUCUCGAGUCUCAACCAAAAUGGGACAAAUUUUGGGAACCAUUCAAGAAAAAUUUCAAGGUAAGCAGUGGAAGGAGAGGCAAAUUAAGAAGAUAACAAAUAGGGUUUUUGAUCAUUUCAAAGAUACCGAUGGAAAGGUUAAUUUGACAUUUGAAGAUCUAUAUAUUGCCAUCCUACUUGUGUACAAUGAUAUGAACAAGCGUCUGCCUGGGCCUCAUUUUGAUCCCCCUUCUAAAAUGCAAAUCAAAGACAUGAUGCAGAAAUAUGAUCUCAACCUUGAUGGGGAACUGGACCGGGAAGAAUUUGAAGAGUUUAUUAAGAAGUUGACAGCCGAGACACUGACAGUGAUCAGUCAGAAUUUGAUCAUUGCCAUGCUUGUUGCUCCAACGGUAGCAUUACUGACAAAGAGGGCAACUGAGGGAGUCCCAGGUGUUGGGAAGGUGGUGCAGAAGAUACCAAAUGCAGUUUAUGCAUCUGUUGUGACUCUCGCAGUUGUCAUGUUCCAAAAAUCAGGCAAGGAAAUCGAAUAGAUCCAUUGUUGCUUCAUUUUUCACUGGUUACAUGCGUUUUUUAGCUUCUUGGAUGGUAUAAUGUUCACUAUUUUGUUGUAAAUAAGAGUGUUUACUGUCUUGACCAUUUUAUUGUAAAUAUUUUCUGAGUGGAAAUAUACUUCAUAUAAUAAUGAACUUUAAGAUCCAAUAAGGAUAGCUCUGGGAUUACCGAA